AUGGCGUCGGACCUCGUCCCGCCCGUCUCCACGCUGCUGCCAAGCGUCAAUCCAUCAGACACGUCCGGUGGACACAGCAAGAACAAAGACGUGUACCUUUUCCUGGCACAAGUGCGCCCUUAG